GUUUUUGAGGUGCAUUAGUCCGGUUUCAAACUCGAAAAAAAAAAGAAGGUAUGCAUGGUAGGAAAAGAUCUUCUUUGGGACGAUGGGCAAGGUUUUACUUCACAGUGCCAAGACAGUGCUUAUUUAUUGAAGCUGUUCUAAUAAUUAAGUCAGUGGUUGAGACAGCAGAGCUGAGUAUGCUGUUGACAUACUACUUGGGAGAAAUUUGGAACGAAAAGAUGAUAGUUACAGUAGCAAGCUGGAUUAUCAUCUUGGAAAGGAGGAGUAAUAUCGUUUCAAUCGUAGCUACUUCUAUCAAAAACCGAAUCGGCUGUAGCACUGCGGCGAUUAUAUCUUGUUCUUCCUAUACAGCGGGUAUAAUCCUUCUGCUCCAGGCAACCAUAUCAUGGGAUUCAGAGCUCAGCACCUACAUAUUCUCACGAGCUCAACAGAUUUUGUCCAAUUACCAUCAUACCUCAUGGGAGGUGCGAAAUAUGCUGUUUGAUUACCACCAAACCUCAAAAUGUGUUCGAAAGAUAUUUUCCGACUACCAGCAAACCUCACGAGGUUUUACACUUAGCUUUGGUGAUAUAUUUUCAAGUGUCCGGAAGAUGUUUGACUACCACAACUUGUACCUGGGACUGGUUCUACUAGGACUAGGCAAGGCUGGUUUCAGCUCCUCUUGUAUCGAAGAUUGUUUGGAAAACCAACUGGCCAAAGCGCAAAUCAGUAACAAGGAUGACAUGAAGAGAGACAACGUGAUUCGUAAAAUGAUUUCUCUGGCGAAGUGUCAAAUCAUAGGGUUUACUUUGGGAAGUUUCUUGAGUGCAGCUCUUAACAACGACGAUUGGGUUACCUUUUUCCAGAUUUCUGCCUUUCUCAUGGGACAUGCGCUUCUGUUUCUUUUGUUUUCCAUAGUGGCAGAACUGGACAUUGAUCGUAAAGAGGUAAAAUAUCUGCAGAAUGGGCUCCUACUUUCGGCGUUGCUCCUAAUAUUUUGUUUCACCUUGCCAAUUAGUUUCAAGUACUGGAACAACAUGAGCAGUGUUGUGGGUGGUGGUGAUUAUCAAGCAAACAACCAAGUGGUUAACCUGACAAACCAAUGUGCAGCUGACUCAUGGUCAACCCCAACAAGAAUCCGUCUAUACGACAUCAAACCUACUACACCCAUUAGAGUGGAAGGAACAGGCACAACCCCGUUGAAACCAUUAGUUCAGCAGUACACAAAGGAGUUCAAUAUAAACGCGCCUACAGCUUUUUCAUCAACUACUAGUUUCUCUAGAAAUCUCAUGAAUAUUCAAGAAUAUCAGUUCCGACCUACUUAGUGUACAUCCAGAUAGCAUUACGUAAACUAAAGAGGGGGGAGACUUACUUGAAAAAACAUGUACACGAUUA